AGAGUGAGUUGGGCCAUUGGAGGGUUUUGAGCAGUGGAGUGGACAUGUUUCAUCCUGCCUUCUAACAGGCUUACUCUGAUUGCCUUGUGGAGAAAGCAAAGAGGAGUGAGGAGUAGAAGCAGGGAGACAAGUUGAGAGGCUCCUGCCGUGAUCCAGGUGAAGGAUGGCCUGGGUGGUAGUGAUGGAGGUGGCCAGCAGCGGUUGGGCCCUGGGUAUAUUUUGAAGUACAGCCAACAGGGUGUAUGGAGGUGGGAUGUGAGAGGAAGAAAGGAGUCACGGCAACGCUGCAAUCUUUGGCAUGAACACCUGGAAGAAUGGAAUUGCCGUUAACUGAAACGGGAAGACUGUAGGAGGAACAGGGCUGGGGCUGAAUUUCUUUCGCACUGAUUGUAAAGUGCCCAGUAGAAAAACAAGUCAAGGUGUCAUGGGCAGUUAGAUAGGGAAGUCUGGAGCCGGGCUGGGCUGGGGAUGUACAUGUGGAAGCUGCUAUUUAGAGCUAAGAGACUGAGGGAGGUCACUUAGGGCGUACUGUGGAUACAUAGCCAAGAGGAGUGCUAGAAGUUCAAUUUUGAGACAAAAAUCUCAGUUUAUGCUGUUAUACUAGUAGGUAUUUUAAGUAUAGCAAAACAUUGCAUUAUAUCUUGGGGAACUUUGUUUUCUCUCCUUUUCACUUUUCAUUUAAAGACCGUUUUGAAAACCACAAGCUAAUGGGUCUCUUUUCUUCCUAAGGAGGCUACUCUUCCAAGCAUGCAUCUUUGUAGUGCCACUGAAAUCAAUAUAAGUCCCAGUUUCUGGAAUUCGUCAGGCUUUCUGGGUUGGCAACCAAUUUAGAGACCUCCAAGAAGGAUGGGAAAGAGACAGCUUGGAAGGGUGGUUUCCUGGUGAUGACAUGGCAUCUGCCAGCUCCAGCCGGGCAGGGGUGGCCCUGCCUUUUGAGAAGUCUCAGCUUAUUCUGAAAGUGGUGUCAGCAAAGCCCAAGGUGCAUAGUCGUCAACCUCGAAUUAACUCGUUUGUGGAAGUGGCAGUGGAUGGACUCCCCAGUGAGACCAAGAAGACUGGGAAGCGAAUUGGGAGCUCCGAGCUUCUCUGGAACGAGAUCAUCAUUUUGAAUGUCACGGCCCAGAGUCAUUUAGAUUUGAAGGUCUGGAGCUGCCACACCUUGAGAAAUGAACUGCUAGGCACCGCCUCUGUCAACCUCUCCAAUGUCCUGAAGAACAAUGGGGGCAAAAUGGAGAACACACAGCUGACCCUGAACCUGCAGACAGAGAACAAAGGCGGUGUUGUCUCGGGUGGUGAGCUGACAAUUUUCCUGGACGGGCCGGCUGUUGAUCUGGGAAGCGUGCCUAAUGGCAGCGCCGUGACGGAUGGUUCACAGCCGCCUUCGAGAGAAUCCAGCGGGACGGCUGUCACUCCAGAGAACCGGCACCAGCCCCCCAGCACAAACUGCUUUGGUGGGAGAUCCCGGACACACAGACAUUCAGGUGGUUCAGCCAGAACAGCAACUGGUGAGCAGAGCCCCGGUACUAGCAGCCGGCAGCAUCAGCCCCUCAAGAACCCAAGCCACAGUGGCUUGGCCAAUGGCACAGUGAAUGACGAACCCACUGCAGCCACUGACCCUGAAGGACCCUCCGCUGUUGCUGUGGUGUCUCCGCCUGCUGCGGCAUCGAGUGCGGUCCCCAACCCCGCCACCGCGACUCUCCCUGCCACGGCCACGCCAGAGGAAGGAGAGGAGCCCAGCACUUCGGGCACCCAGCAGCUCCCAGCGGCUGCCCAAGCCCCUGAUGCUCUGCCUGCUGGAUGGGAGCAGCGAGAGCUCCCCAACGGGCGUGUCUAUUAUGUUGACCACAAUACCAAGACCACCACCUGGGAGCGGCCUCUUCCUCCAGGCUGGGAGAAACGCACAGACCCCCGAGGCAGGUUCUACUACGUGGACCACAACACUCGGACCACCACCUGGCAGCGCCCCACGGCCGAGUACGUGCGGAGCUAUGAGCAGUGGCAGUCCCAGCGCAACCAGCUCCAGGGCGCCAUGCAGCACUUCAGCCAAAGAUUCCUCUACCAGUCUUCGAGUGCUUCCACUGACCAUGACCCACUGGGCCCCCUCCCUCCUGGCUGGGAGAAGAGACAGGACAACGGACGGGUGUAUUACGUGAACCAUAACACACGCACUACCCAGUGGGAGGACCCUCGGACCCAGGGGAUGAUCCAGGAACCAGCUCUGCCCCCAGGGUGGGAGAUGAAGUACACCAGCGAGGGGGUGCGUUACUUCGUGGACCACAAUACCCGCACCACCACCUUUAAGGAUCCUCGCCCAGGGUUUGAGUCUGGGACGAAGCAAGGUUCCCCUGGUGCCUAUGACCGAAGUUUUCGGUGGAAGUAUCACCAGUUCCGUUUCCUCUGCCAUUCAAAUGCUCUCCCCAGCCAUGUGAAGAUCAGCGUUUCCAGGCAGACACUUUUUGAGGAUUCUUUUCAACAGAUCAUGAACAUGAAGCCCUACGACCUGCGCCGCCGGCUCUACAUCAUCAUGCGCGGCGAGGAGGGCCUGGACUAUGGAGGCAUUGCCAGAGAGUGGUUUUUCCUCCUGUCCCACGAGGUGCUCAACCCCAUGUACUGUUUAUUUGAAUACGCCGGGAAGAACAAUUACUGCCUACAGAUCAACCCUGCCUCCUCCAUCAACCCCGACCACCUCACCUACUUCCGCUUUAUUGGCAGAUUCAUUGCCAUGGCUCUGUACCAUGGAAAGUUCAUCGAUACAGGCUUCACCCUCCCUUUCUACAAGCGGAUGCUAAACAAGAGACCAACCCUGAAAGACCUGGAAUCCAUCGACCCCGAAUUCUACAAAUCUAUCAUCUGGAUCAAAGAGAACAAUCUGGAAGAGUGCGGCUUAGAGCUGUACUUCAUCCAGGACAUGGAGAUCCUGGGCAAGGUGACAACCCAUGAGCUGAAGGAAGGUGGUGAGAGCAUCCGAGUGACAGAGGAGAACAAGGAAGAGUACAUCAUGCUGCUGACUGACUGGCGUUUCACCCGAGGCGUGGAAGAGCAGACCAAGGCCUUCCUGGAUGGCUUCAACGAGGUGGCCCCCCUGGAGUGGUUGCGCUACUUUGACGAGAAAGAGCUGGAGCUGAUGCUGUGCGGCAUGCAGGAGAUAGACAUGAGCGACUGGCAGAAGAACACUAUCUACCGGCACUACACCAAGAACAGCAAGCAGAUCCAGUGGUUCUGGCAGGUGGUGAAGGAGAUGGACAACGAGAAGAGAAUCCGGCUGCUGCAGUUUGUCACUGGGACCUGCCGCCUGCCUGUUGGGGGAUUCACCGAACUCAUUGGUAGCAAUGGACCACAGAAGUUUUGCAUUGACAAGGUUGGCAAGGAAACCUGGCUGCCCAGAAGCCACACCUGUUUCAACCGGCUGGAUCUGCCACCAUACAAGAGCUACGAACAGCUGAAGGAGAAGCUGCUGUAUGCUGUCGAGGAGACCGAGGGCUUUGGACAGGAGUAACUCAGGCUGCCCCUUCCCACGCCCCCAGCACAUAUGUAGUCUUGAGUCCUGCCUGCCCGAAAAGCUGCUGGCCGCACAGCCCGGGAGGCCCCUGUGGAUGGUGGCCCUGCAUAGGACCACACUGUCAUCAGGCUGGUGGCAGCAGAGCCUGACCUCAAGAGGCCCUGCCCACCCCACCCUCCUACCCACUGGUGGCAGUCUGGAAUAAAGCCCCCAUGUCACUCUUGGCCCCAUCAACCAUUGCAAAGUCUGGAGGGCUGACCCUGUCUGUAGAGCUCACCCUCCUUCUCCCCUGAGACCAAUCCUAGGUGUGUGUGAGUGUGCAAGGUGGGGCGCGCCAUGCCGCAGCCCUAGGCCUCAUGGGCUUGUUAGGUGAGAAGGAGACCAACCACUUGGGGUAGGUGUUCUGGGCUAACAAAGCCCACGGUCUUUGUCAGUAAAAGAGGUUCUGUUUUGUAUAGAACUUUUCCAGUGAUCUGUAUAAAUGAAGGUCUCAGGGAGCGGAGCUCCAGAUCAAGGUCACCGCUCGUCCCUCGCUAGCCGUCUCCAGCUGCAGAGGCUGAGCAGCAUGGCCCCUCCCUCCACUCAUUGCUGGCCAGUUGGUUCUUUCUAGCAGACAAAGGGUCGUACCAGCUGCUUGGGUGUUGCGGAUGGAAACGGCAAACCCCCUCAGACUUUCUUUUCCCAUUUACAUACACUUGAAACAUUUUGUGUGUAGGGCUGCUUUGUGCUCUGUUGUUGGUAUGCUGCUGUCACUACUUCCUGUCAAGGAGCUGGUGCGCCAGGCAUGGCUGGGACCCUGAGGGACCCAGCACUGUUGGUCCAAGAAUUUCCCAAACAGCUGCUCCCCUUAGGAACCUGCUUAGCAGUUCUACGAGCUCAGGCAGGCCUGACCCGGCGGCUCAGCUUCCCAGCAGCCUUGUCCCCGACCCUUGACAGAGAGGGAAGGGGGUUGUUGUCCUGAGUGGCACCCCGACCUCUCCGCCUCCAGUAGACAACUCCCUUUGCUAGAUGGGGUGAUGGGGCACGUGGGGCUGACCUGCCAAGCCCCCGGACCUCCAGGCGGCACAUGCGUCCGGGUUGAGAAUGAAGUGCACCCCAGCUACUGUAGAGUGUGUUCACUCUGCCUAGAAGUGCAGCUUUACCUGCACAGAGGAAACGAUGCUCUUGGAAGCCAGCAGAAGGGCCCUGAGCUGCUGCCCACUGUCUGACUUGAUUGCUGGAGCUCCUGCCAGCCUCUGCCAUGGGCAUCCCGCUGUGUGUUGAGAUCUUCCGGGCGAGUACUCUCCUCUAGGAUGCUGGAGUGGUGAUUGUGCUGGGCCCCCAUGCAGGCCCUCAUACUGGCUACGUGGUCUUCUGAGGACAGUCGCGUGCUCCCAGGUCCUCGUCCUUCCCCCUGGCCUAUGUUGGCUCUGGUGUGUGCUGAUUUGGGUGGCUCAGCUCACUGCAGCCCAACCUUUCUUCUUCCCUCGAAUCGUUGGCAGUGCUUCCCUGCGGUGUCUCACCAUGUUGGGGGUUGGGGUGCAAAGCUGCCUUGCGGGGUUUGGGAGCCUCAGGCUCAUGCGCGUGCAGAGUGUUGUCAUGUGGGUGUGGGUGCGUACAUACGUGUAUAUAACUGAGGUGUCUGUACGGAAUGCCCUUUGGUAGCUCUGAGUUGGUCACCAGAUUGUUUUGUAAUGCCCACCCCCUUGCCUUGGUAUUGCCAGUUUCUUGUGCAAUAAACAAUCAGCAGCUGUGGGUGG